ACUCGUUCGCGAACGUCACAUCUCUACUCCACUGUCCCGUCGUUGCUCCUGAAGUUACCAUUAGCAACUGGGCAGCGCCCGGUGGAGAGCCUAUGAACGCUGUCGAUGCUGUCCUGGUGAACACAGUAGCCUACUUCCAGCUGUCCUUGAUUUCCAAACACAGUUAAUGCCGGACACGUGGAUCAUCAGCUGUUGAGAUGUUUGUGAUGUCGACCAUGGUAAACACGUAAGUUUGCAGUAAGUGGCACUACCAUGUUGCCAGGAGUCGGUGUGUUCGGCACCGGGAGCACGGCCCGUGUGCUGGUCCCGUUGUUGAAAGCUGAGGGCUUUGAGGUCCAUGCACUCUGGGGAAGAAGUGAGGAGGAAGCGCGCUGCUUGGCAGAGGAACUGGGCAUCCCAUUUCACACCAGCCGAUCUGAUGACGUCCUUCUGCACCAAGAUGUUGACCUUGUUUGCAUCUAUAUCCCUCCCUCAAUGACAAGGCAGAUCGCUGUCAAAGCAUUAGGUAUAGGUAAGAAUGUCUUGUGUGAAAAAGCUGCAACUGCUGUGGACUCAUUCAAGAUGGUGACAGCAGCCAGAUACUACCCCCAGCUGCUCAGCAUCAUGGGUAAUACCCUUCGCUUCCUACCAGCUUUUGUUGCCAUGCGUCAGCUGCUGAUGGAGGGUUACGUCGGAGAGGUGCAGGUGUGUGAUGUCAGAGUCUAUGGGCCAAGCCUCCUGGAUCAGUCGUAUGGCUGGACGUGUGAGGAGCUGAUGGGAGGAGGCGGUCUGCACACUGUGGGCUCCGCCAUCGUUGACCUUCUAAGUUAUCUGACGGGUGCACGAGCUCAGCGCGUUCACGGCUUAUUGCGGACAUUUGUUCAACAGAACGGUCUGAUCCGAGGGAUUCGCCGCGUCACCAGCGAUGACUUUUGUUUCUUUCAAAUGUUGAUGGGCGGGACUGUGUCGAGCUCUGGCGGCGUGUGUUGCACCGUGACCCUGAACUUCAACAUGCCGGGGUCCUUCGUGCACGAGGUCAUGAUAGUCGGAUCAUCUGGGAGGCUAGUUGCCAGAGGGACGGAGCUGUUCGGUCAGCGUAAUGGGAGUAAAGGUGAGGAGUUGUUGCUAGGUGACAGUGGAUGGGCAGGACCUGAGGUGAAAGGGAUGCCUCUGCCUCACCUGCAGGGGCUGAGCGCGAUGGUGAAGUCACUGAGACAGUCUUUUCAAGCUCACGAGGAGCGCAGGUCAUGGGCACGAGACCCAGUUGCCAUGGCGCCAACAUUCGAAGACGGUCUGUAUGUGCAGACUGUGGUGGAGGCGGUGAAGCGGUCCAGCUGUUCGGGAGAAUGGGAGUGCGUCGAGAUCAUGAGUCAAGAGCCGGAUCCGAAUCACAACCUGUGUGAGGCUCUGCAGAGAAACAAGAACUGACAUUUUGAUACACCCGGUGCUACGCUACUAAAACACUACGCUCUGAAUGUUUCCCUUUGACCCAGCUGCUGAGGCAGCUCGCAGCACAAAUGACUACUUCUUUCCCAUGUGGGAAAAGACAACACGACUGUGUCCUGAAUAUUUGUACUCUCACAGUUGUGACUUGUUUUUACACUAAAUGUGUGAAAGACUGCUCCAUUAUUCUGAUUCUCUAUUGAAAACAUUUUAAUACACACAGUGAAGUGUGUCACAGUCUACUGCAUCAAAAUGUUAAUCACAUGAACUAUUCCUUUAAAAAAUAAUCAGUCCUUAAACUCAUUCAGUGGAGUUUGACUUCAGGCAAGUCAAAGGCAAGUCUCUAUCAUUGUGCAGAUUAUUUGUCUGAAGAUCUCUGCUUCAAAAAGCAUAUACAAGGAUGCUUUAGACGUCUCCUCUUAGCUGUUUUUUAUUCCACAGUUAAAUCAUCGGUCCAUUGGUGGUAUAGAAAACAAUACACCACCAAUUAAUUGUUGACUAAGCAUCCGCACUAUCAAAACAACAAGCACAGUUUUGAGUCAUAUCAAGAUAUUGAGAACGACAUGUUUGUGUACUUAAUCACUUGGUAUAAUUUCACUUGAUCGACAUUGAACUCAGAUUGAAGAAAACACUCUCACUGUACAGUCCAGCCGAGAAAACCUUGUAAUCUUAGAUGUUGUAUGUUGGUGUUUGUUUACUCACAGCACCAAUUGCACCUUAUCCUAAAAGGGAGCGUUUACCUCAGACCUGAAUGUGAAUGUCACAGCAGGAAGAUGAUUUGACUAACAAAUCCUCUCUCUGUAUUCAGAGUGGUGACUGACAGAAUUCAAAAUGAUGCUGUGCUGGACUUCAGCCUUCAGAAUAAGAAUAAUGGAGUUGUUUUAGAGUUUAGUUUUAUCGGUUUUUUUUAUUUUUGAAAUGUGUAUGAUGCAAAUAUUUAAUGUGGAGAUUACAAGGUGGCGAUAACAAGAGACCAGGGAUUGAGUUGAAUAAGCUAUGUUAAAAAAAAAAAAGAAACAUUAUAAAAGACUAAUUUGUAGCAUUGCCCUUCAAAAUUCCUGAAUCUGAAAGUGAUGCAUAAUUUGAAACCUUCAAUUUAAAUUGCUUUCACUGAUUGGAUGAUGAGAAAAAAGUGUUAGAAGUUUGUACUUUCUUUGUUCACAGAUGUGCAGCAAUAAUGAACUCAAGUUCAUGACGGAUCGCAAUUGUCAUGUUUUCCAAAAGUGGAAAAAUCAUCUCCACACAAAACAACUCCUCACCAUCCAUAUGCUCAGCAUGUCCCGUCAUUAUUCUAUCCAAACAUUCCUCAGAGAUACAGAUUUAUGGGAUGUUUUGUCCCCUUUUACACUGAAAACGAAUGGAUCGUUAUAUGUUUAAACAUGACUGUGACAAAGGAAACUACCAACUUCUAACAGCCAUCUGUCAAGCUGCUCAGAGUUCAGAUUGAAUGUUUAAAUUUCACAUAAGUAGAUUGCUUUUUCAGUGCAUCACUGAUUGAUGACAUUUUCAAACCAUCUAAGUCUGAAGGCAACUGGAAACUAAAUGAGUUUUAAUGUGUGUAAAAGUUUUGUUUACAUGUCAAGCACACGAGUCAUUUUAUUGGUUUUUACAAGACUUUGUUUGAUGCGAUCCAAAGCUAUUACACAGGUUGAAAUCAUGAGUAUGGGGCCGCCAUCUAUCCCUUUCACUGUUCAUCUUUAAAUAUUACUGAUCUUUUCACUUAGCAGAACCACUGGAUUUGAUGUAUCUGAGAGUAUAAAUGUGCAGACCAAGGGAAGUAAGUGUGAAACAGUUUACAGUUGAGCUUGACACAGGAGAUGCACUGGUUUGGUUUGACUCGUCUGUUCUUUCUUAGACCCACGUAGGAUCUGUAGAUAACAACAUACAGUACAGUACAUGCUGACCUCACGCUUUCCCAACAGUGCUUUAUCAAAACAAUGCAUCAAGUUUACACAAAGUGUCUUUACAUCACUUUAGCCUGCACGUUGUUCCAUAACCACCACUACUAUUAAAAGCAUUCCAACUGAGUGUUCACCUUAUUCACAACAGAUGUUUUUGUUUUACUUUUUGCACUGAAUACUGAAAAAAAGUCACAUAUCUAACAUGCAGUGUGACGUUCGUACCAGCCAGCUCACUGCACCACUGAAUUGAACAUUUGUCUGUAUUAGGACGACUGUUUGUAUUUAUUUAUGUCUUGGUGUGGAGAAAGUUUUCCUGCCCUCAGUGUUUGUGUUUUUAGCCUGUGAAUUUCUGUUUUAAGCUGUAGUAUUUAUCUUGUUUAGAUUUAGUUUUGUUUUAACUGAUUAAAUGGCUUUGAGCAUAA